CUUGUAAGCCGGAUUACUGAUGAACAAGGCGGGGGUAUGUACUUUGCGUUUGGGUUGGGCUUAUCCUCUGCAAUCGGAAGUAUAGCGAACCAACGCCAUCUGCACAAGGCAUUCCGUGUAGGCCAGCGUAUGCGUGCACUGGUCAUCAGCUUAGUGUAUAGGCACUCGUUUGAGCUGAACGAGGCGGCAAGGAGUGAGGUCAGCCAGGGCGCUAUUGUGACGCUCCUGGCGAACGACUCACAGAAAUUCUUCGAGCUCAUGCCCUUGGUCAACUUGCUCUGGGCCGCGCCGGUGCAGAUAGCAUUUGCGACAUAUUUUCUGAUCCAGUUCGUAGGACUACCCGCCCUUGCAGGUACGAACCCUUAG